AUGAAGGAUGUAGAUGGUGAUGGGAAUUAUGGAUUUAGAACUAUUGUAGGUUUACUUGGUCUUGGAGAGAAUGACUGGGUGCAAGUUAGGCAUGAUCUGCUACUUGAAUUGAAUAAUCACAGAGAUGAAUACGUCGUACUACACGAAUCGCAUAAGAGGGUUGAGGAGCUGACACACAUCCUUUCAUAUUUUGAAGAUAGCCCAAGCUUUGAUUGUUGGAUGACUAUGCCUGACAUGGGGUAUCUUAUUGCAUCAUUUUAUAAUGUAGUCUUGUAUCACUUGUCAUUGCAACAGUGUCUCACUUUCUUACCUUUGAGAUCACCGCCAGUAACCCUAGCUGAUCGUCGCGCGAUUGCCAUUGGAUUUGUCAAUGGAAAUCAUUUUGUGCAAGUGCAGGUAGUUUUGGAGGCCGAUCAUCCAGUUCCUUCCAUUGUCGUGCUUUGGCGAGUUCACCAUCACCCUUAUGCAUCAGAAUGGGAGAAUGCAUAUGUUAGCCGCGUUCAAAAAUUCAAAGACAACAUAGGACCUAAUGUAGCUACUCGAGAGAUAUUUCAUGUAGUUGACAUAGAUUAA